AUGUCACCGCUGCUACAUCAUUUGCUUUCCAUUACACGAACGCAGUUAUCUCGAACGCAGCUAAAGCAAAUGACGAAAGCUUUUAGUGGAAGUCAAAUACAAAAUACUCAUCCUGCAACAAACUAUGAUGAAGAAGCAGAUGAUCGUGAUCGUUUCAAAUACGACAAAUUUUAUAAUAGCGUAGUAAUGUAUGGUUCACCAGUGGUACUCGCGAUCCUUUUUUAUGUAACUUAUUUGGGACAUCAGAUGGAGGAACAUUUCGAUCAAGACAAAUAUGUUCACUAUCCGUAUCUCACUGUUCGCAAUAAGCCGCUUCCAUGGGGUGAUGGUAAUCACUCACUGUUCCACAAUCCAGAAAGAAAUUACGUGCCAGGCGUUGGUUUCGAAAAGAAACAAGAAAAACACCACUGA